AUGGACCAAAAGCCGUGCAGUGCUCGGCUGGCGGAAUUCACGUCGAAGCGCAACAAGGGGCAAUGUCAUUGGGGGUUGAAAGAGAUCUAUGGUCACGUGGUCGAGUUCUGCGGCGAUCAACACGCCUCCCGGUUCCUCCAGAAGAAGCUCGCAGACGCGAACAGCGAAGAGAAGGACCAGGUCUUCCGGGAGGUCCAACCCAACAUCGAGCCGCUGUCGAAGGACAUAUAUGGCAACUACGUCAUUCAGAUGCUCUUGGUGCAUGGCAGCCAGAUGCAAAAGAGAGCCAUAGCGAGCAUACUGAAGGGCAAGAUGGUCGAAUGGUCCUUCAAUAAGUACGCCUGUCGAGUGGUCCAGAAGGCUUUGGAACAGAUACUCGUUGAACAAAGAGCCGAAUUGACUCAAGAGCUCGAGCCAAAUAUCUUGCCUCUGAUUCGGGACGAAUUUGGCAACCAUGUGGUCCAGCAAGUGAUCCAGUAUGUACCGAAUCAGCACUUCGGUUUCAUUCCCCGGGCGGUCCGCUCCAUGGUGAGGCAGCUCUCGGAGGAGAGGCAUGCUUGCCGGGUCAUUCAGCGCCUACUCGAAUAUGCCAAAGCAGAGGACAAGGAGGCCAUCCUCGCCGAGAUUCACGACGCGGUCCAGCAUCUCGUCUCCAACGAAUAUGGCAACUACGUAGCUCAACACGUUGUCAGGUACGGCAAGCCGGCGGACCGAGAAAAGAUCAUCUCAUUCGUGCUGGGCCGGCUCGUUGCUUUGUCCAAGCACAAGUACGCAUCCAACGUGGUCGAAAAGUGCAUCGAGUUUGGUGCAGCUGAGGACCGGGUCAAAAUUGCCCAGGCGUUUCUCAAACACGGUAGCGAUGGCACGAAUGCUGUUCCGGCCCUGUACAAGGAUAACUUUGGCAACUACGUCAUCCAAAAGUUGCUGAAGAAGUUCGAGGAUGGCCCUGAGCUCGACGGCCUCAUUGCGGCCGUGGAGUCCAUUUCCGACCUGAAAAAACAUCUGGAUGCGGUACGUGAUCCCGAACGCCAAGGCAACACCGCGGCCGCCGACCGUGUCCUUGAAGCCAUCGCCAAGGCCCGGGGCGGUUCGAAGAAGGCGGCCAAGAACGGGCACAGGACUACGACUACUCCGACAUUCCGCAAUUCGCGGGCUGCCCAGGUGGACACCUCCGCAUCGCCCACGCCUGUCUUGACGAUGGAGCCCAACAGCCCGCAGAGCAGCAAUCCUCCUAGUACCAACGCGAGCGCCACCGGCGAGUCUGCCGAGGAGGAGGUCGAGCAAGACAAGAACGGGCGGUUUGCGUCUGGGAAUGUUGCCCCUCAAGUUCUGGAGGAGCCUUGA